AUGGCCGCACAUCAGCGAAGAGUGAGCAGAGUUGUGGCAGGCCCCAAACUGCUCGGUGUGCAGCUAAUGCUGAGAGGUACUAUUAGGAUGUUCUCCGUCGACUCCUUGACACAGUUUGGCGCAAAAGACUAGACAUGUGGACGGCGAACAACUGGCACUUGCAUCAUGACAAAGCCCUUGCAUAUUCAUCCCAAUUGAUCAACACUUUCUUAAACAAACAUGGAAUUACAAUCAUUCGUCAACCUCCCUACUCUGCAGACCUGGCUCCUUGCGACUUCUGGUUGUUUCCAAAAUUGAAGACGCCACUAAAAGGAUCUUGUUUUGGGAGUACAGAAGAGAUAAUGCGGAACGCGACGACGGAGCUGAACACCAUUCCAAAAGAAGACUUCCUGAGGUGUUUCCAGCAGUGGAAGGAUCGGUGGGAUAAGUGUGUGGAAGCACAAGGGGCCUACUUUGAAGGGGAUUAG